AUGGAUUAUCGCAGCACCACCCCACCGCACUCGUCUAGCCAAGCGAGCUCCAGUGUGUUGAUUCCCGAAUCUCCCGGCAGCCCUAACUUGCUUGACUCACCAUUACCUAGCAGCCCACAGCCAUGGCACGAGCAGCCCGAGCGAGACUCUGACACCUUCACGCAACCAGACGCGGUAGCACAGAGUCCUGCUAUUAAUGACAACAGUAAUGACUCUGCGGCAACUGUGAACUAUGAUGAAGAAAAUCGUAACAGUACGUCACACGCGUGGCGAAGAACUGACAAUAUUGAUCUAAACGAUGACAACUCAAAUUCGAUACGACCGCAAAGUUCGCAGUCAGAUAUAGCAGCCGCACACUCCACCACUGAGGAGUCGAACAGCUUGACGUCCAUGCCAGAGGUCGUGAUACGAAAAGACGAAGACCUUGAAGAACCGCCCGCCAAAGUUCGUAAACUGAGCUCGCCGAAACCAAACGACGACAUGGACGGGGAGACUUGUCCCAUCUGCUUAGAUUCUUGGGGCAAUUCCGGGGAACAUAGACUGGUUGCGUUAAAGUGUGGACACUUGUUUGGAGCACAAUGUGUUCAACGAUGGCUUAAGGCACAGACGUUACGUGAACGCUCGUGUCCAACCUGUAAAAGUAAGGCAGCGCUAAAAGACAUCAGGUUUAUUUACGCUCGACGUUUGGUAGCAGCAGACUCUUCACAGAUUACAGCACUGCAGAAGCAAGUGGAGUUACUCCAAACAGAAAAGAACAGAGCAGAAUUGGAGCUUCAGAAGUGUAGGAUAGCACACCGAGCUUGCGCUUUACAGCUGGAAGUAUUAAGGAGUACGUUGAUGAAGUCUCAAGUUGCGAAGGAACAGCGCGUGAGGAAAACGUGGAGGUUUGCGCUGGAAAAAAACUUGGAGAUUUGCAAAGACGGAGGCUGUCGCGUUUUAACCUACAAUUGUCGUACUUAUGAGUUGUAUGUGUCACAGAAAAGUGUAAACUAUCUGUUUCCAGGUUAUGGAAUACGGAAAGUGAGUUGCGUUGAUUACAAAUUAGGACAGUUUGUUCACUUACAUCCCAAACCAAUACGUGAUAUAACCUACUCACAGCCGAGGGACUUGUUGCUUAGUGUUGCGUUAGAUAGCUCUGCGAGAAUCGUUGAAAGGGGAACCCCGAGCGCUACAAUCCAAUGUGGAAUGCCCUUAUGGUCUUGUUCAUGGGAUUAUUUACGCAGCAAUGAGUUUUACGUAGGUGGUGUUGGAGGAGUAAUUCAUCAGUAUGACGUACGCAACCAUAACACGUACAUUCAAAGACUGACAGCUGCUGGAGACAUGUCACCAGUUGUAUCAUUAUGUUCGACAGAAUUCGGUCUGCUGUCAUGCCAGUUGAAUUCUUGCUGGCUAUGGGUGGCUAACAUGAGGCAGUGGGAGCCAAGAGCUCUACCAAUAGAUGGUCCCUUCAUGUCCCUGUGCUACGACAGUGAGUCACACCGAGCAUUAAUUUCUUGUAGACCAGGACCAAAUGGAUCAGAGAGGUCCAGGCUAACGCUGUGUAAGUUGAAGGCAAGUGUUCCGAGUGGAGAAGUUUUGUUUGAAACUGAGCAGAGUUUCGCUGGGUCUGCAAGGUCCACAUUAAUGUCUCGAGCGUCUUGGGUCAGGGCACCAGGUGCUUCCUGGGUGGCAGCGCAUUCUGAAAGUGAUUCAACAUUGUUUCUACACGGAUUGGAUGGUGCCAGGACUAUGUCAUUACCGGCUGCAGAACCAGCAUUAGAUGUGUGUUCGGUACAGUUGAACGGUGACACUGUUGUGGCUGCAUUGUCCGAAUCUAGGUUAAGACUUUAUAAAGCCGUGGCAACAAGCUCAUGA